UGCUUGCAGGCUUAUGGAGUGGUUUUGUUAUGCUGGUGUAACGUUUGUUGAGAUUCUUCUGUGUUCCCCUGUUUAGGGGAGUUAGUUAUGGGAUUAUCAAGAUUUACAUUGGAGUUUGUUAUCGGCAGUGUGACAGUGUUGAACGCGUGGCGUUGUGGGAUAGCAAGAGAACAGUUCAGAGGCAUUGUUGUUUAUUGACGUCUGGCAGGAUCAAAUAUGUCUGUCUCACCGUUUGUGUUCCUAUUGCUUAGUGCAAUAAAUGUCAUUUGGGCCAUAGGUGUUGCACAGGUUCCGGACCUCACUCAGAUGUAUCCCCCAUUAGGUGUCAGCAAUAGACUCUAUUACAUCUCUAAGGCUAAAUUUGUCAGUUACGCCCAGGCCAGCACCUGGUGCUCGCAGAAUCUAGGAGGCUACCCAGCAGAGAUCGAUACCGCGGAAGAGCUUAAGUUUAUUGAACAGUACGCGAUUUUUACUAAAGUGCGCAAAAUCUUCAUCGCUGGCACUGAUGCCGGGAAAGACGGCGUAUUUUUAAGUCAACGAACUGGGGCACCCAUAACUGUUUUCGAUUGGGCCAAGGGAGAGCCCAAUAAUUCAGGCGGAGUAGAAGAUUGUCUAGAGCUGAACGGUAAUAAACAAGGCAGGAUGAAUGAUACCCCAUGCAGCAGAGCGUCUGUCUUUCACAAUGUUCUCUGCGAGCGUGAUCUAAAUGAAGAAAAGCGACAAAAAAUGAAAGCUGUACCUUAAACAAAAUCAUAAUAUCUA